AUGUCUGUCGCAUGCGGCGUAGAGUGUGUUGUAGUCUUCGGCUGCGCACGUUGGCUCUGGAAACGCUGCACGUACAUCGGCUCCUACGACAGCGCCACGUGGCCGUCCGCCACCGCAGUCGAAUUCGAACCGGUGCCACGUGUCUGCCGAAUCAUCCUCGCUAUCUACGAACCCGAUCUCAAGAACCCUCAGCAUUACCAGCCUGCAAAUGGGUACCGUUUGAAUCCCGACUGGGUCGUGAAGCGCGUGAGUUAUUUAGAAACUGAGGGCCACGCGCCGCCGUAUAUAAUCUAUGUCGAUCACGAGCAUCGCGAGAUUGUGAUGGCGGUGCGGGGACUAAAUUUAGCUAAGGAGAGUGAUUAUAAGCUUUUGUUGGAUAAUAAGUUGGGGAGACAGAUGUUUGAUGGUGGUUAUGUUCAUCAUGGUUUGUUGAAAUCUGCUGUUUGGUUGUUGAAAAAGGAAUCGGAGACGCUGAAGAAGUUGUGGGUGGAGAAUGGGUGUGAGUAUGGGAUGGUUUUUGCGGGACAUUCAUUGGGGUCUGGUGUGGUUUCUUUGUUGAGUAUUCUUGUGGUGAAUCAUAGGGAACUUUUGGGUGGGAUUCCGAAAGACAAGAUUAGGUGUUAUGCUAUUGCUCCUGCUAGGUGUAUGUCGCUUAAUUUGGCUGUUAAAUAUGCUAAUCUCAUUCAUUCCAUUGUCUUGCAGGAUGAUUUCUUGCCAAGAACAGCCACUCCAUUGGAAGAUAUAUUCAAAUCAAUAUUCUGCUUGCCUUGCUUAUUAUUCUUGGUUUGCUUGAGGGACACUUUCAUACCUGAGGGUCGAAAGCUAAGAGAUCCAAGGAGACUUUACGCACCUGGACGAAUGUAUCAUAUUGUGGAAAGGAAAUUUUGCAGAUGUGGGAGAUUUCCUCCUGAAGUGAGAACUGCUAUUCCUGUUGAUGGAAGAUUUGAGCAUAUUGUCUUGUCCUGCAACACAACAGCGGAUCAUGCAAUUAUUUGGAUAGAGAGGGAGGCAGAGAAAGCCUUACAAUUAAUGAAAGAUCAAGACAGCACCAAAACUGUGACAGUCCCACCAACGAUACAAAAGUUUGAGAGAUUGAAGACGUUAGAAAAAGAACAUAAAGAUGCUUUGGAAAGAGCUGUUAGCUUAAAUGUACCUCAUGCAGUGGACGCUGCAGAGAACGAACCAUCAGAAAACAAUGAAGGUGAGGCAGCAUCUACUAGUAAUGGCGACAAAGAAGCCGAAGUUGAAGCCGCCUCAAGUACUGAAUCAAAACCUAGUGGUGGAAGAUUAAACUGGGAAGAGGUUGUUGAAAAGCUAUUGAAGAAAAGUGAAACAGGCGACAAACAUAUUGGAGAGGAUACAAAUGUCCAACAUUGA